AUGGCCUUCCAGCGCCGAAACGGGCAGUUGUCCUCCUGCGAGCCGUGUCGCAAGGACAAGUCGCGAUGUGAUCACCAAAUGCCCGUCUGUGGCCGCUGUGCCCAUCGAGGCCAGGCGCCGCUGUGUAUCUAUCAUCCGGCGCCCAUGACCAGAUACCGGCCACAGUCGGAGAAAAGGACUACUGCUCGUCGUGCCGGAGAUAGCCGAACGUGGACCAGGGCCGAAACACGUCAGAGUUACGGUGAGAACGGUGGCCCAUCUGUGCUGGAAGCAUUCGCGUCACAGGAUUAUGAAACCGAUGUGGUCGUCCAGAAUCGCGGUUUGAGCGACGGGAAAAAGUCGGUCCCAAGUGCCCCGGGCUGGUUGGGGCUCACUAGUCCUCAGGGCAUCUUCGUCGACUUGGAGUCGGGACUGAUGCAUGCAGCGCCAGAAGAAGAGGUCAUUGUGGCAGAGCCUCGAGGCCCUAUACCAGUCGACCCGAACCAGGUGGCAUUAGGGGUCCAGGUGCUGCAGCUUCUGGAUGACCUUCCCUUGUACAGAGAAAUUUGUGAAGCCCGGUAUGCCUUCUUUUUCAAGCCAUGGGCAUUUGGGGGCCCAUUUGUCCAUGAAUUGUUCGAUAAUAUCCAUCGAUUUCAUCAGCACGGCUUACGAGAGGACAACCGAGGCGACAUGAAUGAGUUAGCUCUAGCGGUAUUCAGUAACAGUCGGGCUCCCAUCAUAGUGCACCCGGACAUGAACUUUACGGAGUAUAUCGGAAUGAUCGCGCUCCGAUGGGAGGGGAUAGGAUUGCUGUUCGCGAUUACAGGGGCCUCCAUCUAUCAUAUUCGAGGCGAGCACAAGAUUUUUCUCGAGCGUGAAGACGGAAAGCCGGCAACUGAUAAACGGUCACUACAGUCGUGCAUGGUGACUACGGCAGAGACGUGUAUAAAACUCUGUGAGAGCAUAGGCAUGAUCAGUGAGCCCCUUACGUGGCUUCUGUUUCAGCAAACCAUCCUUGCCAGUAUCCUUUGGGGGAAUACCGACUACCGAGCGUGGAAGAUGCUGGGAGAUGCGUCAACGAUGGCAUUUGCCCUCGGGCUGCACCAGCCGGAUCCAGCGGAUAAGAACGCGCCAUUCUUUCUGGCUGAAUUGCGCAAAAGAGUGAUGGCGGUCGGGUAUAUGGUCGACAAACAGCUGGCGACGGUCCUAGGGCGCCCACCUCGGAUAUCGCAUCGUUAUUGUGACCUUCUGCUGCCAUCGGAUCUCAGUUACGCAGAGAUGAUCGCUGAUCCACAAAUGCGAGAGGCAGCACUAGGGGAAUUGGACGCUAGUGGAUGGAAUCGCCAAGGUCUAUUGUCCAAGGCCGCUCAUCCGCGGGUUGGGCUAUUGGUCGCGAUGCUGCAGGAAAAUGUACUUGAGGUCACCUCCUGCGGCCAAAUCGAGAGACUACCACAGCGAAUCGAAGAGUUAUGUGACGAAAGUCUGCGGAUUCGCGAGCAACUCCCGUCCUUCCUGCAAUGGAAACCCAGCAACGGCUCAAUAGAGCUAUCAUCAGACGAGCUCGCCGUACAAUCAAUUCACCUUGACUUUCUCUACACCGAAUUUCUACUGUAUCGUAUCUCAGUGAAGCGCACUGGGGUUGGAUCCGACAAGUUAGUCCGGGUCGCGCAUGAGAUCCUAUCGACCAUCCUGGAUCGAAUAGCCGACAUAGCGAAGCCAGACAGAGCUUUUUCUGCCAUGGUGCCUGUAGAUUUUUCUCUCUGUUUCUACGCCCUGCCCUGCGCUGGGGUCCUCUCAGUGGAGUUGCUCCGUCACUCCCAAUCCUCGAACGAUCCAGCCUUAUCGACGACCUUCAACUUACCACGCGUGGAGAUCAUCCAAAAGCUGAGUAUCUUUGUGUAUUUCUUGGAGACAUACGUGCCACCGGGGCAGGCGAAUUACAAUAUGUCCCAGCAGGCACGCCGGGUGAUUCGCAAUAUUCUAAACGAGGUGCUGUCUUCUCCUCAGCCCAUGCCAGCCAGUAGCAGUCCGACGCGCGCCACCCCGGACAGGAUGGACGAGACUUGGCUGUCGGCGGGGGAUGGAUUGGAGUUCAUGUCGUGGCUGGACACUUUGGACUCAGGCCAGAGUCCAUGGUGGAAUCUGACUUAG